AAACCGGAUUAUAUCACCUGAGCGGCUGAGCACAAAAUCGAACAAGAAAGCACUACACAAGUCUCUUUGAACUCUGAAGGCUCCCUCUGCACUCUGCAAUGACAGGAGGAGGAGGAGAAGAAGGCGAGCUGCAGCUGCUGGGCGCGUGGAUGAGCCCCUGGGUGAUCCGCGUGAAGGUGGCGCUGCAGAUGAAGGGCCUCAGCUACGAGUACAUCGAGGAGGACCUGCAGCACAAGAGCGACCUCUUGCUCGGCUCCAACCCGGUGCACAAGAAGGUCCCCGUCCUCAUCCACGACGGCCGGCCGGUGUGCGAGUCGCUCGUCGUCCUCGAGUACGUCGACGAGGCCUGGGCCGGGGCCGGGACGCCGCUCCUCCCCGCCGACCCCCACGACCGCGCCGUCGCCCGCUUCUGGGCCACCUACGUCAACGACACGUUCUUCCCGUCGUGGAGGCCGCUGUUCAGGGCGACGACGGCGGAGCAGAGAGCGGAGGCGUACGAGAAGGUGCUGCCUCAGGUGGAGACGCUGGAGCGGGCGCUCACGGAGUGCUCCAAGGGCAAGGCCUUCUUCGGCGGCGACGCCGUCGGGAUCGUCGACCUCGCGCUCGGAAGCUUCGUGGUGUGGAUCAGGGCGGUGGACGAGUUCGGCGGCACCAGCCUGCUGGACGAGGCCAGGGUCCCGGGCCUCGCGGCGUGGGCCGAGCGGUUCAUGGCCGUGGACGCCGUGGAGGAGGUGAUGCCCGAAGCCGUGAGGAUCAUGGAGCACUACAAGGGGUUUCUCGCGAAACUGGCUGCACCUGCUGCUUCUAGCUAAUUGCGAGCCUCUCCUACAUUUUCGUAUGAGAAAUAUUUAAAGCUCUGCUUAGAGGUGUGCGUGUUGAAUAAAGAGAGGGAAGUGUGAGGAGUUCUCAGUUGGAGUGUUCAUAUGUAAUUGUGUUCAGUAAAGAAAUUGAAGUGGAAUAAUGUAUUCAGUGGGAUAACACGCUGAUAGCAUGAUUUAUCCCCCGGAAAUUUCAGUGCCA